GUUGUCGUUUUAAUUAUUAUUAUUAUUAUUAUUAUUUGAAAAUAAUUAAGGGGUCCGUAUGAAGGGUGGCGAUCGAAUUAAGGGGUCAUGGAGCCCACAAGAAGACGAGACUCUAAAGAAACUAGUGGAGCAGCAUGGCCCACGAAACUGGUCCGUGAUAAGCAACGGCAUCACGGGCCGCUCCGGAAAAUCUUGCCGUUUGAGGUGGUGUAAUCAGCUCAGCCCCACUGUACAGCACCGUCCUUUUACGCCAGACGAGGACUCCAUGAUCAUUCGGGCCCACGCCACCCACGGGAACAAGUGGGCCACCAUAGCUCGACUCCUCCCAGGCCGUACCGACAACGCCAUCAAGAACCACUGGAACUCCACUCUCCGCCGACGCCGCCGCGGCGAUAAGUUCUCCUCGUCGUCGUUCACAUCCGAUUCGAAUUCGGUUCCUCUCAAGCCCCUGUCCGUGGGCGGAUCGGAUUCCUUGGAAUCUGAGCCUGAGCCGGAGCCUUCGAUGAAGCGACUGUGCUUAAUGCGUUCAUCGCCGCGGGAGAAAAAUAGCCAACGACUGGGAGGGAUCGAGACCUCGCUGACGCUGUCGCUGCCGGGGGAGAGUUCGUUGUCGGCGAUGGAGGUGAAGGUAAACAACGUCGUUUUGAAGAAAGAGGAGGGGUCAGUGGUGGCGGUGGGUGAUCCGGAGAGGUGUACGACGGAGAUUGAAGAGGCUUGGUGGAUCACAGUCAUUCAGCGAAUGGUUUCGGUGGAGGUGAAAAAUUACAUUGAUACCUUACGGGCCCACGAUGGGCUUGGAAUUGGGCUUCAGACCUCGGUUGAAAAACGUCCUUAUAAUUAAAUAAUUAAUUAGUUAUUAUUAAUUAUUUGUUUCUCUUGAGUAUUAGUUUUAUGUUAAUAUUAUUAUUUUUCCUUUCAAUUUGUCAGUUUCGAAUGCAGGUAACGAUAAUUGGCCAUUUUAUUUUGUCAAGUUUUUAUGAUAAUAUUUAAGUAAUAUUCAUGUAAAUGCCUUUUUAAAA